CCGUCGCCGUCGCCGUGUGUGUCGUGGUGUCGCGCUCUCGUCGCGUUUAGCCUUACGAAGGAAAUCAGCCCGGUUUUCCGCGGUUUACCGACGGUGCGCGUCGUCCGCAGCAACCGUCGUCCGGAGCUGUGUCGAAACGUGUUCGCGUGCGCGUGUGGUGGAAAGAAGUUUCGGGGAAGUUGUUGUCGACAUGGGGAAUUAGGGAGAGUCGGGCGGCAAAGGUGCACGAGUUUGCGGGAUCGGUCGACGACACCGUUGUUCCCGUUGCUUCCCGCCCGGUUGUUUGUUGCAGCAGCUGGAUAACUGCUGUAGCUUGUUGUUGCGGUUAACGAGAUUUGUCUUUACACCUUCCACACGUCUCUUAUUACAUCGAGAAGGAGAGGAAGAAAAAUAUUACCGAGCAGAUUUCAUCAACCAGGACUGACCCCUGACUUCGCCGCCUCGAUUUACGAUCGACACCGCGACACGGCCUCGCGGGAAGCCAUCGCCCGCGGGAAAGUGCACGGAGCGCGAGUGCGAAACCAUUUACCGAGGUUCCUUCGUGCGCCUUUUUUUUCCUUCUAUCCCAUUGUAUUCAUUUUUAUUACCACUUUACGUCGAAGACGUAAGGGAGAAAGUGCGUAAAUCGAGUUCUGUAAAAUCGAGUUCGCCGAGUCGGUUCCCGCACUCCUUCGAGCACUCCCCGAAUGGACCCCGAGUGUUUAAUUUGUGACUCACACGAGUCGAUGAAGCUUCUCAGAACGUGAGACGGGAAAUUAUCUGUAAUCUUGUUUAGAUAAGAAUUCGAAAUAUCUUUGAGCGUACGUCAAGACGAUUAGCACUCUUUUUCAUCACGCAAAAGUGACAAACAUUCAUGUGUGAUGGUUCGAUGUGACACGACGCUGAAGAAUCUCGGCGGAUCGAAAUUGUUCGCAACGUCCUCGAGUGAAAUUCUGCGGAAGAAACGCUGACUCUCCGAGACGCGGGAUUUCGAUGACGAGAUAGAGAUAUAUCUAACAAUCAAUUUACAUUGGACCAAUUACUCCAGAUGGGGCUUUCGGUUUGUUCUACGAAACUCGGAGAAGCCGUGGAGAUGUCACCUUAGUGAACCUAUCGCCAAGUCUACCAUAGGGACGAUCGAUAAGCACGAGCAAUAACGAGGUAACUUUAGUCCGACGAAAUUGAUCAGAGGAGAGCUGCCGGUGCUCUCUCUUGCGAAGAUGGACGCUUUGGAGCUGCAAGCUGCCUUGGUGAAGCUCGACCCGGCCACCACGGUAACGCCGAUCGGCACCACCGUGAAGCUGGUGCCCCAUCAUCGCGUCGCCUUCACCGUGAACAUCGACGACGAGGGUGAUAUGACUCUGGAAGAUCCGGCGCGAAAGGACGACGAGAAGUCGCCGGUCGAGACGACGGUGUCGAGGAAGACUCCGGGUCAUCAGGGUCACCAUCAGGGCGGUGGCCAGCAGAUGAGUAUUUCCAAGUGCGGCAUCGCCGAGGUCAGGUGACGCCAGCCACCUUGCUACGGCG